GAAUACAAAGUGGAUUUCCAAGUAAUCGUUAAAAAUAAGCUGUUCGGCUUUUUGUGAUGAUAUGUAACGUUCCGAUUUUAAGGCGGCUUGGGGUGGUGGACUGUUGCUGUCACCGGAGCAUCGCUACAAGUUGGCCGGCAUCGAGCGAGCGAAUAGCGUCACAUGGAAUCCUCACAAGUUGAUGGGAGCUUUACUACAGUGCUCGGCUUGUCUGUUCAGACAGGAUGGUCUGCUCUUUCAAUGUAAUCAAAUGUCUGCUGACUAUCUAUUCAUGCAAGACAAACCGUACGAUGUUAGUUACGACACUGGUGAUAAGGCAAUUCAGUGUGGACGUCACAACGACGUGUUCAAGUUGUGGUUGAUGUGGAAAAGCAAGGGAAUGGAAGGUUACCGACAGCAGGUGAAUCGACUAAUGGAUUUGGCAGGGUAUUUUACUCAGAGGAUCCGAGAAACUGAAGGAUACGAGCUGGUCAUCGAUCCUCCCGAAUUUCUUAACAUCUGUUUCUGGUACGUGCCAAGCAGAUUGCGAAAACUGGAUCCAGUUGAGAGGAAAGCCAGAUUGGAAAAGAUUGCACCGAAAAUCAAGGCGAGAAUGAUGGAAAGAGGAACGACAAUGGUCGGUUAUCAACCAGAUAAACAGCGACCAAACUUCUUCCGCAUGAUCAUCUCAAAUCAAGCCAUCACUAGAGACGAUCUCGAUUUUCUCAUAGAAGAAAUCAUCAAUAUUGGAGAAACACUACAGUAA